AUAAACCUGAGCUCACCAGCAUUUCUCUCCAGCCGCUGCUCCACUGGAUGUACAAACUCUCCCCUCUUUCAGACAAAACAUUGCAUGGUUGCAGCCAUGGAGUGCCUCAAAGACUGCUGCAAGACCUUCAUGAAGAACAAGGGGACGAAGCAGGAGACCCAAGUGAUCGCUGUAAAGAUGCCUCUCAAGGCUUCAGGAUUGGAUGUGGACGAGGGGAAAAGAGGCGUCUCAGAGGAUUACCUCCUGUCCAAACUGCCCCCCAACGGCAGAGUGGUGCCGUUCGUCCUCCCCACCUUCAAGGCCUCUUACAUCCAACCCCGAGGCUCCCGGUACCCCAACCUACAGUCAGGACCCCAGA